AUGAACCCGUCGUCUCUGAGUAAACGCGGCGAUCAGAAGCAAGAACUUCCAUACGAACUACCGGAUCCUCAAAAGCAAAUGGAUAAUGCUCGUCUUCUGUCGAAAUACGUCUUUCCUCGACAGUAUGGCCUUGCGAGUGUGUUUACACUAGACCCAUGGAUCGUCCAAAGUCAACAAGGGCCGACCUAUGCUGAUCGAACGGAGGAGAUCAAGGUAUGUUGCUAUAGAAAAUGGUCAUGCAAAACGCCAACACGGGUGAAGCCCGUCCUAGCCUUAUUGGAAAAGAUGAUCUGGAUGAACGGCAAGUGUAAUCCUAAAGCAUUGAGAGACCUCGCAUGCCCGUCUAAGGUUCCUUUGACCUCACGUCCCCGUUAUCAAGUCAACUGA